AUGUAUCUAAAAUCAACUCAUUCAGUUCCUCCCGAAGGUGGUCAUGAGUGGGAAAUCACUUUAUUCUGCAGCACUGAAGCAAACACAAUAGCUCACGUUGACAUGUCUCCGAAAUCUCGAGCUUCAAAAGUUGUCCCUAAUGAUGCUAAGCCUGCCCCGACGGCUUUAGUGCCGUUAUAA